AUGGGUCUCACAUUUUCGAAGCUGUUCGAUAAGCUAUGGGGAAAGAAGGAGAUGCGCAUUCUCAUGGUCGGUCUUGACGCUGCCGGAAAGACCACCAUUCUCUACAAGCUCAAGCUCGGUGAAAUCGUCACCACUAUCCCCACCAUUGGUUUCAACGUCGAGACCGUCGAGUACAAGAACAUUCAGUUCACCGUGUGGGAUGUCGGCGGUCAGGACAAGAUCCGUCCUCUAUGGAGGCAUUACUUCCAGAACACCCAGGGUAUCAUCUUCGUCGUUGACAGCAACGAUCGCGACCGUGUUGUUGAGGCGCGUGAGGAGCUCCAGCGCAUGCUGAACGAGGACGAGCUGCGGGACGCUCUCCUCCUUGUCUUUGCCAACAAGCAGGAUUUGCCUAACGCCAUGAACGCCGCUGAGAUCACCGACAAGCUUGGUCUUCACAGCCUCCGACAACGUGCCUGGUACAUCCAGUCGACUUGCGCUACCUCCGGUGACGGUCUCUACGAGGGUCUCGAGUGGUUGAGCAACUCUCUCCGCAAGGCCGGUCACAACUAA